AACUUGGGAGUGCUUCAGUAUCAAAAGGCACUUUGGUGGCUGAAGACAUUUCCAAUGUCAAUGCAUUUGCGAAAGAGGUAACUCCGACGAAAUGUACUGCAAUUCUAUGAACUAUUUAUUCAGAAUCUAUGUCGCUUCGACAUCACUCCCUGGACCUGUACUUGUAAAGACAGAUAACCAGCAGAUAACCUGACUAGCACUUCCUCAGGCUCGCGCUGGGCCCGGGUAUUUACGUUCCUGGGCGCAAACGUACAAAAAAGGUCCAAGGAUUGACUCACUAAGAAGGUUCUGAAGCUACUGCCACUGGUGUCCACAUCUACUUCACGUCAUGCCUGCUAUUUUCUCUCACCGCUUUGAUACUCCCCUCUAUACUGGCAACGUGUACGUCCAGACAGGACUGUUCAUUAAUGGCGCUUUUGUGGACGCAUCGAGUCGCACGACUAUCGACAUAUUCAAUCCUUCUACGGGGAAAGUCAUCACUCAAGUGUCAGAGGGAACUGCGAAGGAUAUCGAUCUCGCUGUUGCAGCAGCUCGGAAUGCAUUCAACACGACUUGGGGCCUGAAGGUACCCGGCUCCGCUCGAGGACAACUUCUCUAUAAGCUUGCUACCCUGAUGGAAGAGUCUUUGGAGGAGCUUGCCGCAAUCGAGGCACUCGAUAAUGGAACGGCGUUUGGAGUCGUGAAAGGAUGGGUGGUCCCUUUCUCCAUAGGACUGAUCAAAUACUAUGCCGGCUGGGCAGAUAAGAUAAGUGGGCAGGUUAUCGAGACGGACGAAGGAAGACUCACUUAUACCCGCCACGAACCUAUAGGCGUAGUGGGCCAAAUAAUUCCUUGGAAUGCACCCUUGCUCAUGUUCGCAAUGAAGAUAGCCCCUGCGUUGGCUGCAGGGAACACCGUUGUUAUAAAGCCAUCUGAACUGACUCCAUUGUCAGCUCUACGUGUUUGUUCACUGGUUCAGGAAGCAGGUUUUCCUCCAGGUGUACUGAACGUGGUUGUUGGGUAUGGUAACACAGUGGGCUCGGCUCUCAGUUCCCAUAUGAACAUUGACAAGAUCUCGUUCACUGGAAGCACUUUGACUGGACGCAAGAUUAUGGAGGCAGCCUCAAAAAGCAACUUGAAGAACAUAACGCUCGAACUAGGGGGGAAGAGCCCCAAUAUCAUUUUUAAUGACGCUGACGUGGAUCAAGCUGUCAGCUGGGCUUGCCAUGGAAUAUUCUUUGCCCAAGGCCAGAUAUGCUUCGCUGGUUCAAGAAUAUAUGUUCAAUCUGGAAUAUACGAUGAAUUUCUGGCCAAAUUUACCAUUCGCUCCAAGGCUCACAAAAUCGGCGAUCCUUUCGGUGUAGAUUCUUACCAGGGGCCUCAAAUCUCCUCUACACAGACCGAAAGAGUGAUGGGAUAUAUCAAGUCUGGAGUGGACCAAGGUGCAAAAGUGCAUCUGGGAGGACAGCGUCACGGAGAUCAAGACGGCAACUUCAUUACGCCUACAAUCUUCACAGACACGAGACCCGACAUGAAGAUCGUUCAAGAGGAAAUCUUUGGCCCGGUCAGCGUUGUGAUUAAAUUUGAGGACCAGGAGGAUGUUAUACAGCAGGCAAAUGAUACCAUCUACGGCCUCGCUGCGGCAGUUUUUACCCAGGACAUCAGUCAGGCCUUCGAAGUCGGACAUGCGCUCAAGGCGGGUACCGUUUGGGUAAAUUGCUACAACGAGGUUCACGCCGCUGUUCCCUUUGGAGGUUUCAAACAAUCGGGAAUUGGUCGCGAAUACGGUUCCUAUGCUCUGGAGCAUUAUGUCAAUGUCAAGGCAAUGCAUAUCAACAUUAAGCACAAAAUGGGCUAGACGUUGUUAUCACAAUGCAGAAAUGCCAAAAGCAGGAGUUACAAAAGUUAUGCUUACCAGAUUCCUGCAGUAUACUACCUUCAUCGUUCAUAUACAAGUUACGCUCCACCAGAUUA